CGUUGCGAAUCAUCUCGCAGCUCCGGGCUCCCUCCGGGGAACUUGUCGACCCAGUCAGCUCAGCUCGGUUCGUCGAUUCUGGGCCCAUCGGUGAGUGACGCGUGACACGAAACGUUGCAGAUCAGCGCGCGAUCGAUGGCUGUCUGGUCGCGCGAAGGCAAUCUCGUGGAGCCACAAUUGGCGUUCAUUAAUGAACUAGCUCCAGUCUGCACGGAGGAGGCCCAACCUCGGCACGUUGCACUUAUUCCUCCUGCAUGUACACUUACAUUUGAACUGCCUUCUAUUGACUCUCGUGAGACUGUUCUCGAGUCACGGACCAUUCGAGAAGCUCAUUGGAGCAGUACGCAGCAAGGCGCCGAGCGCAUGUCUCUACACUCGCAAUGGUGAUGGCUUGUGCUCGAACGAAACAUCCAUGCAAUCGCAUUCCUCACCGUGAACCAUAGUGCCUACACUGU